AUGGAGGAGGAAAACAGAAAAUCCAUGGAACAUGUCUUUGUGAUCCCAUCUUACCUGGCAGUGCUCUGGGAAAAUGAUCAGUAUGGAACAUGGAUGUACAAGAAGGUGAAACUCUCCUUGUACAAGUGGAUUUUUAUGCCUGUGAAUGUCAACCGCAACCACUGGGUCCUGCUUGUUGCAGAUGUUUACAAGAGGACAGUCGCCAUACUGGAUUCAUUGCCAACACCAGGAAGCAGUACACGCAUAGAGAAGUGGAAGUUAACUGGGAGGAAGGGGAUCUUGUGUCUUCCAAACAGUGACGGAAGCAGCUGUGGCCCAUUUGUACUGAUGAAUGCCCUUGCCAUAGUGAACAACAUCCCAAUACAAGAGCUGAAUACAGAUAUGGCAACAUACAUGAGACAGUAUGUCUCAUCUUCAUUGCUGCAAGCAGCAAAACAGCCUCCUUCACAACGAUCAACAUGUGACAUGUUAGGAUGUUGUAGGCCAACAAGUGAACAAUGCUGGAUUUGUUGUGAUGUCUGCGGGAGAUGGAUGCACUUUUCAUGCAUCAAUAUCGAUCAAAGCCCAGAGGGGGGAUUAUGUAUGUCCCAUAUGCAUUGCGCAAUAUGAGUGACUGAUACUUCUCUUCUGUGGCUGUAUACAAA